AUGAUUUUGGCGUUCAUCGAGAAGGUGCUUCUUCAAGGGUUCCGUACAAUCACUGUGCCUCGGGCCAAAUCUGCCCCUCAGGAACUCUUUCGCACGGAUGCAAAGGCAGAGGGCUCGGAGAUGUGGUUGGGAGGUUGGGCCUGCAGUGAUGCUUCAACGCCUUGGGAGUGCAGGUGGUUUGCUGAGAAAGUCCAGCAUACUGACGCUCCUUGGUUUUAUCAGGCUGGCCAGUCAUACCGCUCCAUCGCUGCACUAGAGCUUUUGUCGACGUUGGUUGCUGUCCAUUUGUUUGCACCUUUGCAGCCGACGAGCGCGACUUUUACCUGCUCUGCCGCGACAGACAAUCGCGGCAACAGUUUCUUGACAUCACGGUGGCUCACUACUUCCUUUCCUUUAUGCGUGGUGCUCAUGGAUUUGGCGGCAGUUCUUCAGUCCAAGUCGCUCAUGCUGGAUUUGCACUGGGCCCCUAGAUUUCAGAACACUGUGGCAGACUCUCUUACGAAUCAGGACUUUAAAGAUUUCGACCCGUCCAAAAGGGUUCGCUUCGAUGUAUCUCAAUACCGUGGUUUGGUGCUGCGUGAACUUCUAGAGUCUGGCGCCGAACUUUACACUGAGCGCAGCUUGCAUCUUGGAAGAAGCGAAAGGGUGGCAUUUUGCCACAGAAGAAAUCAAAGGCAGAGAAGCUGGCUGCAACCGACCCGUGGAAAUGAUGUGCGUUGCUGCUCGUCAUUCUUGCGAAAGGGGGGGCGUGUUCAGGUUGCGAGCUGCAACUUGUUUGUAUGUGGCGGUAUGUCACGUACAGCUGCUCCCUUCUCACACAACUGCACGUUUUGUGAUUCGCGGCAAAAAUGGUCGGUGCGUGUGCCUUUGCUUGUCACGGACAGUCAUGACAGUCAUGUCCUUGGCACGUUCUGUUGGGUCGGCUUUUGGUUCUUUCUUGGCUUUCUUGUAGCGCGUUGA